AUGACAUAGUGUUUUAGUAACUUCAAAUUGUAUAAUAUUCAAUCUGAUUUUCCUUAUUAAAAUAUUUUUAUUUUAUCCUCAAAUAAUUCCAAAACUUCAGAAUAAUUCUGUCUCAAAACAAGUAGCAAAUCCCAGCCCAAUUCCCUAUUUCAGAUGUAUGUAUAAAAGCAACUUUUCUUUUUUCAUCAAGUUACUUGGCAACUUUUAUAUAUAGGACAAUUCAAUUUAACUUUUUAUUCCCUGUUUUGGCAUUCCAUAAACGGAUAUACUAAUCAUAACUCCCAGAAGCUAAUGAAUUUCCAUCAGGAGAAAAGCAUACUGAGUAGACUGGAUAAGCAUGACCAACUAAUUUGGCCUUUUAUUCGCCUGUCUUAACAACCCAUAGACGGAUAGAUUUAUCCUUACUGCCAGAUGCUAUUAGAGUUCCAUUAGGAGAGAAACAAACUAUAUAAAAAAUAUCACUAUGAUCAUCAAUCGAAAAAAUUAUUUCCAAUUACCAUCAAACGAUUCAGCACCACCUAAAUUAAUUCCAUUGAUAUUGACUUAAAAAAUUUAGAUUUUGAUAAAUUGCAUUAAGCAAAAUUACCUCCAAUUAAAGAAGUAUUUUAAGUUUAAAUAUUUUCAAAAUUUUAGUUUAUUAGAUCAGCAUUCAUUUCCAACAAUAUACUAAAUGCAUUAGAUUCACAUAUUAUGAAUUUAUUAUCUUUCUUAGUUAAAUGA